AAAAUAAUUGAAGCAGAAUACAUCGAAAAGCAAAUUUAAGUUCCCAAAUUUCUCCCCACAGUGUAUACAUACAUACACAUGAACAUAUACAUUGGGAAAUCUGAAUCCUCCAUUUUUAUUGUACUAAUCGAUGCUGCAUAUCAACAUACUCUGGAAAAUGGCCGAAUCUGAAUCCAAAUUUCCGCUGUUGCUGCUCCGAUCUCCCUCAAUCUCUCAGCUCUAAAUCGCGUUUCAUGAUUUCUCAAUGAAGUGAAAAUCGGAGGGAGAAGAGAUUUCAGCUGUUGUUUGUUAUUUCGAUUUUGUAGAUUGCGUUCUGUUUUGUGUCGAUUGUGGGGUAAGAAUGGACAGUGGUGAUGGUGGAGAGGUGGCAUCAGCUGCGGCCGGUCCACCUACGCCGCUGGAAUGGAAAUUCUCUCAGGUCUUUGGUGAGCGAGCCGCCGGCGAAGAAGUACAGGAAGUGGAUAUCAUCUCUGCCAUUGAGUUUGAUAAAAGUGGCGACCAUCUGGCUACUGGUGAUCGUGGUGGAAGGGUGGUUUUAUUUGAAAGGACUGAUGCAAAAGAACAUGGUGGAAAUCGAAGAGAUUUAGAGAAGAUGGACUACCAAGUCUCUCGACACCCAGAGUUUCGUUACAAAACUGAAUUUCAGAGUCACGAACCCGAGUUUGACUAUCUAAAGAGUUUGGAGAUUGAGGAGAAAAUCAACAAGAUCAGGUGGUGCCAGACAGCCAAUGGUGCCGUCUUUCUCCUGUCAACUAAUGACAAAACCAUUAAGUUUUGGAAGGUCCAAGAGAAGAAGAUGAAGAAAAUUUCAGAAAUAAAUGUAGACUCGGGUAAAGCUGCUGGAAACGGUGGUAUUGCAAGUUCUAGUGUCUCUUCUAGUUCCAAAAAAUUUCUUGCUAACGGCGACUGUUCAGAUCCUUCUUACAAUUCUUUGAGCAAUGAGUUGUCCUUUCCACCUGGGGGGCUCCCCUCUCUACGAUUGCCAGUGGUAGUCACAAGUGGUGAGACCAAUCUUCUUGCAAGAUGCAGGAGAGUAUAUGCUCAUGCACACGAUUACCAUAUCAAUUCUAUCUCAAAUAACAGUGAUGGUGAGACAUUUAUAUCAGCUGAUGAUCUGCGAAUAAAUCUUUGGAACUUGGAAAUAAGCAAUCAAAGUUUCAAUAUAGUUGAUGUGAAACCGACAAAUAUGGAGGAUCUGACUGAGGUGAUAACAUCAGCAGAAUUCCAUCCCACUCACUGCAACAUGUUAGCAUAUAGUAGUUCAAAAGGAUCAAUUCGUCUUAUUGAUUUGCGACAAUCUGCACUGUGCGAUUCACAUUCUAAAAUAUUUGAGGAGCAGGAGGCACCUGGCUCGAGAUCAUUUUUCACUGAGAUUAUUGCUUCAAUUUCAGAUGUUAAGUUUGCCAGGGAUGGCAGAUAUUUACUGAGUCGUGACUACAUGUCCCUUAAGCUAUGGGAUGUUAACAUGGAUUCUGGUCCAGUGGCAACCUUCCAGGUUCACGAGUAUUUGAGACCAAAGCUCUGUGACUUGUACGAAAAUGAUUCCAUCUUUGAUAAGUUUGAAUGCUGCCUAAGUGGUGAUGGUCUUCGAGUGGCUACUGGUUCAUACAGCAAUCUAUUUCGUAUAUUUGGCUGUGCUCAGGGAAGCACUGAGGCAACUACUCUAGAAGCAAGUAAAAACCCAAUGAGAAGGCAGGUCCAGACCCCUGCUAGGCCUACCAGAUCCCUGACCAGUAGCAUCAGCCGUGUCGUGAGGCGAGGUGCUGAAAGUCCGGGAGCUGAUGCCAACGGGAACUCGUUCGAUUUCACUACUAAGCUGCUCCACCUAGCAUGGCACCCAUCAGAAAACUCUAUUGCUUGUGCUGCCGCAAAUAGCCUGUACAUGUAUUAUGCAUAGUCAGUCCAAAUUUGAUGCUCGGUAAACAUUUUUGGGUUGCUACUGGAGGAACACGCUUCUUUCAGCAACAUGCGGCUUUGACCAAUGUUACCUUGAAGUGCUUCAUAAACGUUUACCACUGACUGAGCAUGUCGGGUUCCAGAAAUGGAAGUGGUGUUUUUGCAAGCAGCAGAGAAACAUAACUAUUUUAUCCAUCUUCACCCUUUUGCUGCGUCGCGCCCAUCAUAUUCGUCUGUUUUUUUUUUCUUUACUCUCUCACAAGUCACAGCAAACGAAUAGAUGUUGUUAUUUGUGCCAGGUAGCUAAUGGGAAGGAAUGUGGUUGUACGCUUGUAGCUCUCCCACAAAACGGAAACUAAAGAUGCCGUAUAUUGUCUCUAGUUCUAAGGUACAUGUAGUUUCUUCUUACUCCAAAAAUCAUGAUGCUGCUAACUUUGCAGGCCAUUAAGCUUUAUUAACUUCCAUGGGUAGCUUAAUACUUUUCACAUCAAUCUAUCUUAGGAUGCUUUUUAGCCCUUUUCUUCAGCUAUAGAAUACUAUUUCAUUGGAUAUUUUCGCUUGUAAAAGUAUUGAAUCUUGGAUUAUAGUAUUAAUUUGUAAAUUAUUUUCCAUUUCA